CUUUAUUCGUCGCUUCGGAUGCGUCUAUACCUGUCCGGCGCAAGCAGUAACAUGCAACUUUUAUUCAGGCGUGUAUACGCGUUUGCUGGAACCCCGUGAUAUUUCUAGCGUAGAAUAAUUUUUUGCAAAAAGUUUAUCGUAAACAUAUACGCAUGUAUAGAAGCGAAUUCAUCUAGCUAAAUGUUAAAUACACGUUAAUUAAAAAUUUAAUUCGUAUCGCUGGACAUGAGAAUAAGCUAUCAAAUAAAUUAAAGGGAAAUAACCACAAUUUGUUUUCGAUCUCAUCGACAUUUCGAUUCCUUGUGAAACGAAAUAAUCGAAACGAUUAACGAUAAUGUUUUUCGAAUUUUCCAAAUAAAACGAAAUAUUUCUUCGUCUUACUAUGAUAAUAACAAUUAAAGGAAUAUAUCUAAGUCGUAAAAAGACCUCUAUAAACAUUUACAUUGGAAACUUUCCUUAUCGUAAUUACUUGAGAUUACAAGGAACGUUUCUUCUUCCUUCUUCUUUUUGAGUUUUGCGAAAGACAAGGAUUCAAGAGAGGGAGAUAGAAACCGAGAGAACCCGAAGAGUUCCCUCGAAGAGAGUGAGUCACGUUCGUUCGUGAACGAGCACGUUUUUCCUAGUCGUUCGUUGACCGAGCUCGGGCAAUUGUCUGUGCAUUCGUUUGCUCCGUUUGCCAUACGUCGUAACUCCACGGUGCGCGUUGAGUUUCAAUGUGAAAAUUGUGAAAAACAAAGAAACAAAAAGUAAAUGUUUAACGUGUUUUUAUCUCUGUCUUAAGAAGAAUGUAUAAAAAGACGAACGUUCAUCGAAUGGCAAAUGACACGAUCGUCAAGUUUAUCCAACUCUAUCGAUCUUACGAGUGCCUCUGGAACGUCUCCUCCGAGGAUUACGGAAGCAAACUCUCGCGUAAUGCCGCAUUUGACAUGAUAUCACGGAAAAUGCAAAUACCGGGUUUCGGGCCGCGCGAAGUCGCCCGGAAAAUAAAGAACCUUAAAUCGGCUUACCAACAGGAAGUCAAGAAAAUCGAAAAAAGUGAAGAAAAACCAGGGACAGUAGGUGCCUUUCGACCGAGAGUCAUAUGGUUCGAUCUGCUCGACGACUUUCUUCGAAAGUCUGAGAAACCGUCGCAAUGUGACCUCCAAUUCGAUAACGAUCGAUCGAAUGAUCGAUCGAAAACGAUCCGGCAAACUUUCUACAGCGAUAAUCAAGGAAGAAACGUUACAAAUUUAAAGAAAAAUCUGUCUACGUACGAAUCCAGCUCGGAGAUCGAAAGCAGUUCUGCUUCAAAAAGAAAGGGAUCAUCGGUCGUCGAUGUCUUCCUCGAUGAGAGACGAAAAAGGAGAAGAAAGAAGGAAGAUAACGCGAUUAAAGUCGAUGAGUACAAAAGUUUUGGCAAAUAUGUAGCUGCGAGCCUUGGAAGAAUGCCCUUCGAAUACGCGGUCUCUGCUGAAACUGAAAUUCAUAGUGUCAUAAUAAAGUAUAAGGUUUACGCUAUGCGAAAAAUCGUUUAUCCGACAGCAAAAACAAUGACGACGACCAUCAGUACUCAUCGUUCCUCCACUUACCUACCACCUUCGAACUUUUCUUAAACACUUCGUCAUCGCACCAAAGAAACGCGACCUACGUAUAUAGUUCCAUCGAUAGCAUCGCAUUCGACUAGAGAGAAUCUUUAUCGUAUUAGCACUAAACAGCUAAUGCUGACAUCAUCUAUCUUUCGUCUUUUUCUACACUCUUACCUGUUCCUUUCCCCUUCCGCCGUUCUCAUUUGAAAAAGGAGAAGUUAUUUUUCCUUUUUGUACAUCUAUCAAUAAAAUAAAUUUAAAAUUUAAUAUAUAUUCUGUAACAUAUCAAUUGCAUUAAAAAAACACACACACAUUUUCUUUAAGCGUAAUAAGACAAGGUUAAAUCUCAUUGAAAGAAUCGUUUCGAAACUCGAAGGUCACGACUUAUAUGUAAUAACGAAAAUGUAAUUAUAU